UUAUGGGCCGGUACUACAUAUAGAUCAUAUAUAAACCCUACCCGCACCGAAUCGGAAAACCCUAGCAAGCUUUGUUCCUCUUCCUCAGGAAUUGACAGGUAGGGUUUCUUUUCCUCCAGAUAGCUAUGGCACCAAAAGCUGAUAGUUCUAAGAAGAAUGAUCCCAAGGCACAGGCCUUGAAGGCUGCGAAAGCAGUCAAGUCUGGCACUACCAUUAAGAAGAAGACCAAGAAGAUCAGGACAACUGUCACAUUCCACAGGCCCAAGACAUUGACAAAGACCAGGAACCCCAAAUACCCUCGCAUCAGUGCCACGCCCAGGAAUAAGCUUGACCACUAUCAGAUUCUGAAGUUCCCUCUCACCACCGAGUCGGCCAUGAAGAAAAUCGAAGACAACAACACUUUGGUUUUCAUUGUUGACCUUCGUGCUGACAAGAAGAAGAUCAAGGCUGCCGUGAAGAAAAUGUAUGACAUCCAGGCUAAGAAGGUUAACACAUUGAUCAGGCCUGAUGGCACCAAGAAGGCAUAUGUUAGGUUGACUCCUGAUUAUGAUGCAUUGGAUGUUGCAAACAAGAUUGGGAUUAUCUAAGCUAGUACCUGACUCUAUCUAGAUGUUAGGCAGUUCUAUGGUGAUCAUUGGCAGAAACUUUUGGGAAAAGAUGACAUGUUCUAUAUUUUGUGCUUAUUUGUUUGUAUCUUUUGUUUCAAAUGACAUUAAGCAGACCUCCUGUUUCAAUUUUGACUUGAGAACUAUUGAAAUUUAUUGUUGAAAUGAGCCACAUUAAACUUUUCUCAGCUA